AUAUAGUGACAACGGCACCCUUAACAAUGAUUGUUCCGGAAACAUCAUAUUCAAGCAGCGAAGGCGAAGAAGAUUUCUAUGAUGCUAACGAUGAUCCAUUUACAAGUAUUGGUAGUUCACCGAUGACAUGUGCAACUCGUGGAUUUUCCGUUGAAACGUCUCCAACAAAUGAAAAACCACCUGAACAACAAAAUAAUAAAACGGAACCCACACCGCCACCCUCUGUGCCUGAAAUUGACGAAUAUCAAACAGCCUCCAGUACGGUUAGUGACAUUGCCGGUGCUGAUGUUGUUGGCACAAGUUCACAACAGGGUGUGGGUGGUGGUGGUGGCGUUGGUGUUGUUGCUAACAGAAAUUCACUUUCAAAUCAAGAAUCCAUCGAUUAUGAUGCCUUAUACGAAGAGGAAGAAGAUACAAGUAUUAGCAUGGAAGCCCAUGGAUCAAUGAUAUCACAUUUAUUGUCACAAGUUAAAAUUGGUAUGGACUUGACAAAAGUUGUACUGCCAACAUUUAUAUUAGAAAGACGUUCCCUAUUGGAAAUGUAUGCUGACUAUUUUGCCCAUCCAGAUUUAUUUUUAAAGAUUGCCGAUUUAGAUAGUCCACGUGAACGUAUUGUACAGGUUUGUCGUUGGUAUUUAAGUGCUUAUCAUGCUGGACGUAAAAGUGCUGUUGCCAAAAAACCCUACAAUCCUAUAUUAGGUGAAGUUUUUCAAUGUCAUUGGGAUAUUCCUGGUGAAAAUCCCGAUGAAAAUAAUGUUCAAGAUGGUCCUAUACCCUGGUGCCGAAGAGAUCAGUUAACAUUUUUAGCCGAACAAGUUUCACAUCAUCCACCCAUUUCUGCGUUUUAUGCCGAACAUUUUAAUAAGAAAAUCACUUUCUCUGCUCAUGUCUGGACUAAAUCAAAAUUUUUGGGUUUAUCAGUGGGUGUACAUAAUAUUGGCGAAGGUGUUGUUACCCUAGUAGAUCGUGGUGAAGAAUAUAUUGUUACCUUUCCCAAUGGUUAUGGGCGUUCUAUUUUAACUAUACCCUGGAUUGAAUUGGGUGGUUCGGUGGAAAUCAAAUGUCCUCAAACUGGCUAUUAUGCUCAAGUGGAAUUUUUGACUAAACCAUUUUAUGGCGGUAAACGUAAUAAAGUUACUUGUGAGAUUUAUUCUCCCAAUGAAAAGAAACCAUUUGUUUCAAUUGCUGGCGAAUGGAGUGGUUUGAUGGAAGCUAAAUGGCAUGAUACACAUAAAACUGAAGUAUUUGUCGAUGUAAAUCGUAUACCAAUAUUUAAGAAACAAGUUCGACCAAUCGUUGAACAGGAAGAAUACGAAUCAAGACGUGUUUGGAAGGAAGUAACCGCUGGACUCAAGUAA